AUGCCGGCCGGGGCGCCCAAUCUGGUGGGCCUGACGCAGUUCGACAACAAGGAGCAAUUUUUCGGUCCGGACAGCCCGAAUGUGCUACUCACAGAGGGCGCCGGCUACGGCGUUGUGGUGGGCUUCGGCUUCUUCUUUGCAGCGCUGACUGUUGGGCUAGUCUAUGGUGACUAUCGCGCGCGCGGCGGGCGCCACUACAACAGUGAGGACUUCAACUGCGCCGGGCGCACCAUCAAGACCGGGCUCAUCGCCGUGGACGUCGUCUCUCACUGGACCUGGUCUUCUACGCUGCUGACAUCGUCCCUCUAUGUGUACCUCUACGGUAUCAGCGGCGCGUUCUGGUAUGCGGCGGGGGCGGUCGUCCAGAUCUUUCUGUUUGGUGUGAUGGCGAUUGAGAUCAAGCGCAAAGCGCCCAGGGCCCAUACUGUUCUGGAGCUCGUCCGGAUGCGAUGGGGCAACGUCGCCAACUGGGUGUUCUUCUACAUCUGCAUCCUGAACAACACGUUCAUUUGCGUGCUGCUGUACCUGGGGGCAGGCGCAGUAUUCAACGCUGCCACCGGCAUGAACAUCUACGCAGCCGUCAUGCUGAUCCCGCUGAGCGUGUGCAUUUACACGGUGGUGGGGGGUCUUAAGGCCACAUUCACCAGCUCCUACCUGCACACAGUCAUCAUCUAUGUCACCGUCUGCCUCUUCGCAUUCAAAUUCUAUGCCAGCGACCUGUACCCGGUCGGCAGCAUCUCCAAAGUCUGGGACAACCUCAACAUCAUGGCUGAAGGCCUGCCAGUUCCCGGCAACCAGGGCGGCAGCUACUUGACCAUCAUGUCGAGCGGGGGCCUGCAAUUUGGCAUCCUCCAGAUUGUCGCCUCCUUUGGCAACGUGUGGGCUGACCAGGCCUACUGGCAGAGUGCGAUUGCAUCCACCCCAACAGCGGCGUGGCAGGGGUACAUUCUGGGGGGCCUGUUGUGGUUCCCGGUGCCCUUCACACUGGCCACUAGCCUGGGAAUUGCCUGUGUCGCUCUGGACCUGCCAGUCUCAGUCGACGAGUCCAACAUGGGCCUUGUCGCAGUUGCCUCCGCCUCGUAUGUGCUGGGCAAGAGCGGGGUGAUGCUGAUGCUGAUUAUCAUCUUCAUGGCCGUCACAUCGGCCGGCAGCGCUGAGAUGAUGGCCGUCAGCAGCCUCUUCACCUAUGACAUCUACAAGGCAUACAUCCGGCCCAAGGCAAAGGGCAACGAGCUGCUGCUGGUGUCACGCAUCGCCAUCUUCGUGUUCGGCAUCUUCUCUGGCGGCCUCUGCGCCGUCCUGUAUGUGGCAGGCGUGAGCGUGAACUUCAUUUUCCUGGUGGUGGGAAUCGUGGUGUCCUCAGCCCUGCCUCCGUUGAUAUUCCUGCUGACCUGGAAGCGAGUGCCCAAGGGAGCUGCCAUCGCCGCUGCUCUGGGCGGCCAGGCAGCUGCCAUCAUUGCAUGGCUGGUGCACACCAAGAUCGUCUAUGAAGUUGUCGACAUCAAUACCACCCAGGGCAUAUCUCCGACCAUGGAUGGCACGAUAGUGGCGGUGGGAGUUUCGGCAAUUAUCUGCGUGGUUUGGACUCUGGUGGCGCCCGAGAAGAACCCGGAUGUGUGGACCCAGUACAAGAGCAUCGAGCUGCAGGACGACGAAUUUGUCACCGACCCCUACGAGGAAGACCCUGCCGAGAUGGACCGCGCCCUCAAGUGUACGUGGAUAGCGGCGGGCGUUCUGUCGGUGGUGUUCUGCAUCAUCUGGCCGGUGCUGACAAUCCCGGCGGGGGCGUUUAGUAAGGGUUACUUCACCUUCUUUGUCAUCAUCUCCAUCAUCUGGGCCCUCAUCGCCUCUUUCAUCGCCAUCUUCCUGCCCCUGUGGGAGUCACGCGAUGUUUUUGCCAGGGCCCUGGGCAUCAGCCCUGCAGAGAAGACCACCCUUCCCACCGCUACUAAGCCGGGUGCAAAGCCCGAUGACUCAGCGCACCACGGCACACUCGAGGCACCGGCCAAGAAGAGCAUGGAAUGAAACAUUCCUACAAAAAGGAUGACCUCCGAGACCAACGUAAUCUUAAGCCGGUUGAGAGGCUGUAUUCAAAAUGAGGACUUUCAAGCCGUGCAGGAAUACUGAUAUUUUCUGGAUGGUGUAUUUGUAUCAACAGGGUGCAAUUUAUCGGUGUUGUGGUGGCAACAAGCUUCUGUUCAGAAUUCCAGCUCUGCGCAAGUUACUGUGGCUGCGGUAUUCUGCAGCCUCAAGUCUUCCAGUUGCCAGCGGAUUGGUGAUUUCCCAAGUGGCAAUAUAGGCCAGGACAGUGACUGUUGGGACGUUGCCAGACUAUUCAUCUCAAAACCAGACGCUUUACAGAUGCAUCUCUGAGAGCACUUGGCAAUUUGAUGGGUUGCUAUGCAUCUGCAGAGCGUCACUCAUUGGAUGUAAGCUUGAGGGAAGUUUUGUCAUUAUAGGCUGCCAAAAUUGGGCAGCAUGGAUUUUUUUGGGAUGGUUUCAAACGGGCGAUGUUCUUGUUGCUUUUUAUAUAUUUUUCCAGCUUGCUGGAGGUAAUUAACCGUGACUGUCACUGUCUUUACAGGAGCUCUCAAUAGACCACCCACAGGGGGCACACAAACUGGAUGGUUGGUAAAAUGUAAUAACAUGUCCUGUU